CCGGGUGUUUAUUCAAGCGAUACUGUGUGCGGGCUGAUUGAGCACUAUAAGGACCCGGCUCACUGUAUGUUUUUCGAGCCCAUGUUGACUAUACCCCUCCACCGGAACUUCACGUUCCCGUUGCAACACUUGUGCCGAGCGGUGAUCAACUCGAAGCUGACGUACGACACGAUACCAGCGAUUCAGUUGCCGAAGAGGUUGAAGAACUAUCUGAAGGAAUAUCAUUACAAACAACAGGUGCGGGUCCGGCGCUUAGACGGCGAUCAUUGA